AUGGCACCGGUUUUGUUAUUAUUAUUGGGGUUGGCCGUGGCUUCCUCCGCCGAGUACCGCCGCCCGCCGCCGCGGAGGGAUCUGUCGGAGCAACUGAGGAGAGAGCUCGAUGGCCUGGACCCAAAUUCUCCCCAGCAGGUGCAUAUAUCCUUGAGUGGUCCGAACCACAUGAGAAUCUCAUGGAUCACUUCAGAUGAAACUCCAUCAACUGUGUACUAUGGCCUAAGCCAAGGAUCGAACUCCUUCUCAUCCACCGGAACCUCCAACCGAUACAGGUACAUGCUGUAUCACUCCGGGCACAUAAACAAUGUCGUCAUCGGCCCAUUGGACCCGAACACAGUGUAUUACUACCGCUGCGGCUCACCUUCCUCCGAUGAGCACUCCUUCAAAACUCCCCCAUCACAAUUUCCCAUCAAAUUCGCUAUCUUAGGUGACCCGGGUCAAACCGAGGACACGAGCUCAACCCUUGAACACGUAUUUGAAUCGAACUACGACGUGUUGUUAUCACCGGGUGACCUGUCGUAUGCGGACAACAAACAAGAUCUGUGGGACACGUUCGGGCAACUGGUGCAGCCGCUGGCCAGUAGCCGGCCGUGGAUAGUCACUCAAGGGAACCACGAAGAAGAAACGAUCCCUCUAAUACACACGGAGAAGUUCACGUCGUACAACGCGAGAUGGGUCAUGCCAUACGACGAAAGCGGGUCCUCGUCCAACUUGUUCUACUCCUUCGAGGUGGCCGGGGCCCACGUGAUCAUGCUCGGGUCGUACGCGGAUUUCGAGUCAGAUUCGGAACAGUACGAAUGGCUCGAGUCGGACUUGAAGAAGGUCGAUCGAAGCAGAACCCCGUGGCUUGUUGUGGUCAUGCACGCACCGUGGUACAAUUCGAAUGAGGCCCAUCAACAGGAGUACGAGUGUAGUGGCAUGAAAGCUUCCAUGGAGGAUUUGCUCUACCGGGCUCGUGUGGACGUGGUUUUCGCGGGCCACGUUCAUGCGUAUGAGCGCUUCGUGAGGGUGUACAAGGAUCAAGUCGACGAUUGUGGGCCCGUUUACAUAACCAUUGGAGAUGGGGGAAAUAAGGAGGGCCUUGCUUCUGAGUACAUUGAUCCAAAGCCUGAUAUAUCUGCGUUUAGAGAGGCAAGUUUUGGGCAUGGGCAACUCUUGAUACAAAAUGGGACCCACGCGUUGUGGACAUGGAAUAGGAAUGACGAUGAUGUCAGAACUGCAUCUGACAAUAUCUGGAUUACAAGUCUUGCAUCAGUUUCCAAGUGUUCUUAG